CGAGUAGCUACUAAAUAGACACCGCGGUGACCGGCGGUGCUGCUUUGGGCUAGCUGGAUGGCUUCCUCUGGGGAGAACAGCUCUGUACCUGAAGGAGGCAACCUACACGCACAGGACCGAGUUCAGCCGGGGCACACUUGCAAUCCUUGCGUGUUCUUCUUCUCCCGACGAGGCUGUGAAAAAGGCGACACAUGCCCAUAUUGCCAUGAGCAUGAUGGUUCCCAUGCCAAAGAAGCUCGACCACGGCGAGAGAAAAGGGAUGCAACCAAGGAGCGAAUUCUGGAGAUCUUCCAAAUUGAAGACUGGGAUGAGAUGCAUCGGGCAUUACAGGAAGAAGCUGGCCGACAUCCUUUCGCCAGAGGAGUCAUCAAGGGAUUUUUAGACAACCUCUCAUUUAGCGUCAGGGUGCAUGGCCGAGAUCUUAUUUUCUCUCUUUAGAGCAUUCCACAACAUUUUGACUUCAGAGCAGCGCGACGAUCUGACUGGAGUUACGUGCCUGCAUGACAUCCAAGUGCCAGUGCAAUCGCUUGAGUGGGCAUGUAUGUGCAUGUUCUUUUUUUGCGGAAUUUGAGGGCGCCAGCAAAUGCUGGUACGCUUUGGUGCUGUUCGUUUCUUGUACAGUUCUGGCUCUUCAAAGUCACCUGCUAGCCCAAGCUCAGCCAUUUCAAAUACCGGCAUAAACACACGAGUAGCGUUGCAAAAUGGUGGUGCCGUGCCUAGGGAUGCUGAUGAAAAACAAUGAUAGGACAAGCAAGGAGAUGCCACCUCGGUCUCCUACCCACGACAGGUUGGAUCCUCGCUUCAUGAAAAGCAGUGCUCAAUUAGAGGCAGAGCGGAUUGCUGAGCAGGAGGCGAAGGAGCAUCGAUCUGGCCUCAGCCAGAGCCGCGAGGCUCGCGAGGCUGGCCGGAAUGGCCAGGCCGGCCAGGUCGGCCAGGCAGGUGAGGCGAGCUCCAGCCGCCGCGGACCUGGCCGAAGGCAGCGGAGGCAUGCCAAAGAAGAGCUGGCAGGUGAGGUGUCAAGGUUUUGGGGCCCUGAUGGCCAAUACAACCCCUAUGGCCAGUUCUUCCCUGCACCACCUGCACCGCCUCGGAAGCCAGGCUUCUGGCUUUGGCGUCAAUCAGAAGAGGCCUCCAAGAUGUCCUCACCGGAUCCACAAUACUUCGUCACUGAUUGGGUAUUUGACUCAGAUGAGACGCAUCAGCAACAUGAACUUCAAAGGCUGGGCGGCUGGUCCUGUAGAGAUCGAGCCGAAGGUGGUGGCAAAUGUCUCGAAGUGGCACCCGCCACCACCUUUGCCUCGAUGACAUGGCGUGGUUUGCCUCAGUGAGCCAUUUACCUGGUCCAAAGCGGCCAGAGUGUUAAUGACCUACCUCCAGAAAUCGUUUUUUCACACCAAAACGAGG